AUGAACGUAGAGCUCAAUCGACACAAAGACGUGUAUCGAAUCUUGUCUCAAUGCAGUCACAUUUAUCGUCAGAAAGUAAGUCUACCAGAAUAGAUAAAAAGCAAUUGCAGAAGCAAGACAGCUUUCCAGCAAAACGAAGACGCGUUCCGUCAAAUUUUUUAGGUGUAUGGUUCAGCUAUCAGAGUACCGUCUCAUCAGCGGAGCCAAGAUCUUUACGGACCUCUUGAAAAUGGGGGAGGAAGGGGGGGGGCGCAGUUUGCUCACUUGUCAGACCAAAGUGCCAAUUGAUGUCACCCUUGCGUGUGAAUAGUUUUGCGCCCGAGCAAACACCACUUGGCUCAAGUGUUCACCCUCGGAAUGGUGCCACCCCAGCACAUUCCUCUCAAAAUAGUAGUAAGAUGUUGUCGUUGUUUAGAAGACUGUUAGAGACACUGGAGGGGAAUAACUUAACCAAACGGCACUCGAACGUCGGUCUCGACGAUGUCCACCGUUUGCUUCACCGCCGAAUGAGAGCAGGGACGGUAACUUGCUUGUGGAUUAGUUUAUGGCUACAAGAGACUUUCGUCGCAUCUACCGCACCUGGACCAGUGUCAAACCGGAGUUAGGAAAACCGGAGGUGGGCGAAACUCCGGGUGGUUGGCACGCCGUAAACCUGCACCUGGGCGUUCCACCAUACCUCCUGGUCCAGAACACACAAUUGACCAGGAUUUUAUGCUAUAACAACAAUGGGGGGCUGCACGGAUCCUAGUUGACGUGAUGUCAGCCGACAGCUGAGCCUGCUAUCGCACCCCGAAUACUCCCUCGCCCUUCUGGGAUUCCCACUGUUAGGUGCAGAUUUUAAACUCUGAGACACCUCUUCUUUCUGUACAAUACACUGAAAUGUAAAAUUAAGGAAAACAAAACGUAAACAGCAUGCUUUGUUGCAUUUGUUAAGGUUGCUAACCGCAAAAUAAGAAUUGCGGAAGUGGUUGUAGUAAGUGUCGAACUGACUCGCGCGAGGAACAGGUGCAGUCAAGCUUAUUAGAUUAUUUAAUCCAUGUAUUAAUAUAAACUAUCAGAAGGCAGAAAUGGUCUGGAGGUUCUGAGUUUUUUUGUCUUGGUAUUCUCUGCCGUUGGGUCGAUACGCGUCUGAACCACCUCGCUGCGGAGCAUACAGUGGACACGCAGCGGAUACGACGAUCGAACUAUCGGGUCAAUACGAAUAAAACGCAGGGUUAUCACAUAACGGAAGGCGGUGCUUCUCUCUCCUCUACAAUAUGGGCUUUCUGGCCUUGCAGAUUUCUGGACAUUCGAAAUUCCUGGGACAGGUUUUUUGUUACUUAUUUUGGUACAUGGUAGAUUGUGUUGCUUUUUAAUUUCCUCAAAAAUUAAGUGCGAACUUGGAUUGGAUCACUUUAUUCGAGGUCUAUAGACUCAGACCAAAGUUUUACUAUAUAAAUAUUUGAGCCCAAGUCCAUCAGCCACAGCGGAUAACCACGUAAUAUUCAUUAACUGUCGACAGGAAGCCGGUAGUAUACUUUGGGUAAAGUGAUUCCAUACUAACAGCACAGGUAUUAGUAAAAACCUAUACACGCAUUUUUUGCCGAUAAUCUGGCGCUGCAUGACACAGCUGCGAGGGGUUCGGCUCGUAAGUGGGUCUCCCACCAUUUCCUGUCUGCUUUCUGGUCGGAGCAUAUAGAUCUUAAAGAUACGGAUCUACUCCAAGUUCGCAGUUAAUUUCUAAGGAAAUCAAAAAGCAGCAAUUUCUAAAUUGGAGUAUCUACCAGAAAGCAGACAAGGAAUGCUGGAGGACCCAUUGACGAGCUGAAUACCUCGCAGCUGUGUCAAGCAGCGCCAGAAUAUCGGUGAAACACGCGUGUAUGGACUGUUGUCUACUACCUGAGCUGUUAGUAUGAAAUCACUUUACCCUAAAGUAUAUGGCGUACGCUAACCGACAAAGACGGCAAAAACGACGAUACAAGGACACCAUGCGGACCUCGCUCAAUGAUAAAUCCGAAGGGCUGGGAGAGUCUUGUCCAAGAUUGACUGGCCCGGAGGAAAGCAUUAAAGCCAUCUUCGAAGUCAACCGGGUGUCGCUCGCCAAAGCCGAAAGAACGACUAACGAAGUCUCCAGAGUUGCGGACUCAAAGCCCCCCGCGUCACCCCUUCCAAAGUGUCCCCAAUGUCAACGGACAUUUGCGUGCGUCUCGCUCCCGUCAGACGCCUUCGGAACCAAUAGAACAAGAACAACAAUACUACAUCACUAAUUACUGCUUGCUCUACAGUCCUCCUGUCGCAAACAGCUCAACCCUCACGACGGCUACCACCACCACCACCACCACCACCACCACCACCACCACCACUACCGGUGAACCAACUCCCACCUCUGCCGCCACUUCUGCCACUGUCGUCAACAUCUCCAUCAUCACUGCCGCAGCCCAUGCGACGACACCUACAGUCACUAACGAUUCCAACACCCAUGAGAACACUCUCGAUGCCCUGCCAUCCACCAUUACAAUCACCAUCGCUCCUACCACCAGCAAUGCGAUCUUGAUACUAACCUGUCCCCGUUGA